UGAGACAGAGUCUUGCUCUAGUGUUUAGGCUGGAGUGCAAUGGUGUGAUCUCGGCUCACCACAACCUCCACCUCCCUGGUUCAAGUGAUUCUCCUGACUCAGCCUCCUGAGUAGGUGGGAGUACAGGCAUGCACUGCUACGCCUGGCUAAUUUUUGUAUUUUUAGUAGAGACAAAGUUUCUCCAUGUCGGUUAGGCUGGUCUCAAACUCCCUACCUCGGUGAUCUGCCCACUCUGGCCUUCCAAAGUGCUGGGAUUAUGGGUGUGAGCCACCAUGCUUGGCCUUAAAUUUUAUUUUUAAAUUUUAAUCUAUUUAUUUAUGUAUUUUGAAAUCAGGUUAUGAAACUGGCUCAUUUUUGUAUUUUUGAUUGAGAUGAGGUUUUACCAUCUUGCCCAGGCUGGUUUUGAACUCCUGGGCUCAAGCAAUUCACCGUCUUGGCUUUCUAAAAUACCGGAAUUACAAGUGUGAUUCACUAUGCCUGGCUGCAAUUUUUUUUUUAAUCGUUUGUCUUUCCAAGAGUUUCAUGGGAGAGAGUUUGGUUUGUUUAUAUUCAUUCUAAAUAGACAUUUAGGUUGUCAGCUUCUGUCCUCAUGAACUCUGAGGCUACAAGUCCCCUGGUUUAUCAUAGGACCAUGCAGGUGAAAAAUAAAACAAUAGAGCUGGGCACAAUGGCACACAAGAAUCACUUGAACCCAGGAGGUGGAGGUUGCUGUGAGCCAGGAUCAUGCCACUGCAUUCCCCCCUGGGCAACAAAGCAAGACUCAGUCUCAGGCUGGGCAUGUUGGCUCACUCCUGUAAUUUCAGCACUUUGGGAGGCCGAGCGGACAGAUCACAAGGUCAGGAGUUCAAGACCAGCCUGGCCAACAUAGUGAAACCACGCCUCUUCUAAAAGUAAUACAAAAGUUAGCUGGGCAUGGUGGCACAUGCCUGUAAUCCUAGCUACUCGGUAGGCUAAGGCAGGAAAAUCGCUUGGACUUGGCAGGUGGAGGUUGCAGUGAGCUGAGAUCACGCCAUUGCACUCCAUCCUGGGUGACAAAAUCAGACUCCAUUAAAAAAAAAAACAAAAAACUCUCAAUCUCCAAAAGUAAAGAAAGAAAUAGGAAAACAUAACGUUUAUAAGAAGUCAUUUUGUUAUACAGAAAGUUAUAUAUCCUAAACCAAGGUCUUAGAGAUAAAAGGAAACCUGUGCACAGACUGGGGCAACUGUGUCUUCUCUACCGUCUCCACCUCAAAGUUGCUUCCUCCCUUGUUGCCUAGAAAAUCACCCGGAUUGGGUAUGAUUGUUCUUUGAUCAGUAUGUGCAUAUUUAUAUUUUUUCCAUUCUUUCCAGAUUGACCAUUGGGUAGGUGGUCGUUGGGCGUCACCUAGCGGCCGGCUUGCAGUACAGGCCUCCUCCAGAGGCCUCCUGGGCUAACAGUGCAGCCUGUGGCCUGCGGGGGCGACAGUCUUAAUUUCUUUCUUUCUUCUUCUUUUUUUUUUUUUUUUUUUUUUUGAGACGGAGUUUCGCUCUUGUUACCCGGGCUGGAGUGCAAUGGCACGACCUCGGCUCACCGCAACCUCCGUCUCCUGGGUUCAAGCAAGUCUCCUGCCUCAGCCUCCCAAGUAGCUGGGACUACAGGCAUGCGCUACCAUGCCCAGCUAAUUUUUAUAUUUUUGGUAGAGACGGGGUUUCUACCAUGUUGACCAGAAUGGUCUCGAUCUCUUGACUUCGUGAUCCACUCGCCUCGGCCUCCCAAAGUGCUGGGAUUAUAGGCGUGAGCCACCACACCCUUCUUUCUAGAGUUCUCUUGUCCUCCGGAGCUCCAGCGGCAGCUGCCGAGGGAGGGACAGUUCCUGCUGUGAGCUGGACAGAGCUCGGGAGUCCUGCAGCCUUCAGCAGAACUGUCACAAUGGUGCUGGAGCUCUGGUGCGUUUCUCGUGAGUCAGAGCUCAGACGUGCAGGGCUGUGGAGGGGAGGCUGUCACCGCGCUCCUGGCACGAGCAGAGUUGGGGGCUGCCCGGCUGGUCCCCAGCUCACAGCAGCUGCAGAGACCCCACCCGCGGGAUUCACCAGGCAUGGUGCAGGGGGCCGGGCACAGCCUCCAGGCCCAGCUGUGGGCCCCCGUGGGUCCUGACCGUCUGAGGCUCUGGCCGAUGUUUUUCCCAAAUCCCCAUGAAGAGUCGGGACAAUCCUGUGCCAUCUCUGGAGGGCCGGGAAAGCUAUCUGUGGGCUUUCCGAGCGCAAAGGGGCCAUGGGCUGCUCCGAGGCUGCCACAGGAUAUUGUGACAUCGCUGAGCCCAGCAUCUAGGUGAUGUGACUCUUCCCUACAGUGUGGUCGCUACCCAAAGAAGGAUUGUGACGUAUCACUCUGUCAAGAACCUAGAUGAGGUGACUCUCCUCUCCAGCUAGGACCUGCCUACAUUGUGUAUGGAGACAUGUCACUGGGUCUAACACAGAGGUCCUCGGAGACGCGCAGCUAAGAUGCCAGGAGACUCUGAAAGCUGCGAAACACUGAGGUGCAAUGGCACGAUCUCAGCUCACUGCAACCUCCACCCCUUGGGUUCAAGCAGUUCUCCUGCCUCAGCCUCCCAAGUAGCUGAGAUUACAGUUACAUGUUCUCAUUUUGCUGAAGACCUUUUGCCAGAGCAAGACAUAAAAGAUUCUUUCCAGAAAGUGACACUGAGGAGAUAUGAUAAAUGUGGACAUGAGAAUUUACAGUUAAGAAAAGGCUGUGAAACUGUAGGUAAUGGGCAGCUACACAAAGGAGGUAACACUGCUCCUAACCAAUGUUUGACACCAACCCAGAACAAAAUGUAUCAAUGUGAUAUUUAUGUACAACUUCUUUAUACAUUUUUAAAUUCAGGUAGAUAUAAGAUAGGACAUACUGGAAAGAAACCUUUCCAAUGUAAAAAAUGUGGCAAAUUAUUUUGCAGGCUUUCACAACUGACUCAACAUAAGGUAAUUCAUGUUAGAGAGAAUACUUACAGAUGUAAAGAAUUUGGCAAUGCCUGUAAUCAGUCCUCAACCAUUACUAACCAUAAGAGAAUUCACACUGGAGAGAGACCCUACAAAUGUAAAGAAUGUGGCAAAGCAUUUAACCACUACUCAACCCUUACUACCCAUAAGAGAAUUCAUACCGGAGAGAAACCCUAUAAAUGUAAUGAAUGUGGCAAAACCUUUAGCAUAUCCUCAACCUUUACUAAACAUAAGAUAAUUCAUACUGAAGACAAACCCUACAAAUGUAAAGAAUGUGGCAAAGCCUUUAACCGGUCCUCACACCUUACUAGCCAUAAGAGAAUUCAUACUGGAGAGAAACCCUACAAAUGUGAAAAAUGUGGCAAAGCCUUUAACUGGUCUUCAACUCUUAAUAAACAUAAGAGAAUUCAUACUGGAGAGAAGCCCUACAAAUGUGAAGAGUGUGGCAAAGCUUUUCACCGGUUCUCAAGACUCACUCGACAUAAGAAAAUUCAUACUGGAGAGAAGCCCUACAGCUGUGAAGAAUGUGGCAAAGCUUUUACCCGGUCUUCAAGACUUACUAAACAUAAGAAAGUUCAUAAUAGAGAGAAACCUUACAAAUGUGAAGAAUGUGGCAGAACUGCUAACCAAUGCUCACACCUUAUUGUUCAGAAAACCAUUAAUACUUGAAAAAACGUGUAUAAAUUUUAAAAAUUGUGGAAAAGCCAUUAAUAUCUGCUCACUUCCUAACAACAGAGAGUUGAUACUUACUAAGAGCACUGUAAAGGCAAUCACUGUCAAACAUUCUUGUAGAGGCUGGGCAUAGUGGCUCACGUUUGUAAUCCCAGCACUUUGGGAGGCUGAGGCUGGUGGAUCACCUGAGGUCAGGAGUUUGAGACCAGCCUGACCAACAUGGUGAAACCCUGUCUCUAAAAAAAGAAAAAACAAUCUUGUAGAAAAUAUAAGCCUUAAGAGUAAAGGGAAACUAUGUAUUCCGAGGAAAAGCAUUACAAUAUAAGAGGGUUGUAGUGCCUUUACUUGCAUCAUAGAUGUUAUUGUACACAUUUUGUACUAAAGGAAAACCCUGAACCAGUUGUACAAACUUUGUUCAACAUCCAAAAAUUUAUAUUGAAGAAAAAUCCAGCAAAUGUAAAAAUUUGGAAAAACAUUUUUUCCCCACAAACUAUAGCUUAGAAAACACUGGAUAUAUUUCUAAGAUAUAUUUUUGCAUAUGCAGUAAGCAUGAAAAAAAUAUUUCAUUCAAAAUUGAGUCUGUAAAUAACAAUGUAAGGUACAAAUAACUAAUAAACCGUUCAGACAUUACACUAAAAGUGCUCAGUAUAGAAAAUAAAACUAAAGUUGUCAGAUAAAUUAUUUGUAUGUAACUUCAAAAAGAACAACAUAUUUUGCAAAGUUAUAAUUACAUUCAAAGUGUACUUUUUUUUCUUUUUUUGAGAAAGAGUCUCACUUUGUUACCCAGGUUGGGGUGCAGGGGCGUGAUCUCAGCUUGCUGCCAACUUUCACUUUUGGGUUCAAGCAGUUCUGUCACAGCCUCCCGAGUAGCUGGGACUACACGCAUAUACCAGCAUGCCUGGCAAUUUUGUGUGUGUGUAUUUUAUUUAUUUAUUCUGAGACAGUAUCGCUAUGUCGCCAGGCUGGAGUGCAAAUGGCAAAAUCUUGGCUCACUUGCAACUUCCACCUUCCUGGUUCAAGCAAUUCUGCCUCAGCCUCCCGAGUAACUGGGAUUACAGGUGAGUGCCACCAUGCCCAGCUAAUUUUUAUAUUUUUAGUAGAAACGAGGAUUCACCAUGUGGUCCAGCUUGGUCUCAACCUCCUCACCUCAAGAGAUCUGCCCACCUCAUCCUCCCAAAUUUUUAGAUUAUGUGUAAAUUUAAUUUUAAUAUAUAUUAUUUACCAUGUUAAGACUAUUGUGUGUUUAAUGAAGCAUUAUGCUACUAACUUUAACCUAUCCCACCUUACUCAUGGGUGUAGGUAAAUGGUGGUAGCAGUAUAUUAUUUGGUAACAUAGUAGAAUAGCAUCUCAAGUAAUCUCUUUUGCCAGUAGUUUUAACCAGCAGAUAAGUUAAUAUUGUUUCCAUAGUUUAAAUAUUUAUCUUUUUUGGUUAUUUAAAUUUAUUUUUCUUAUAUUUUGGGUAAACAUAAUAUGUAUUUAUAUUUAUGCAAAUCUGGCAUAUUUUUAUACAGGCAUAUAAUAUAUAAUUAGAUCAGGGUAAAUUAUGUAACCAUCACUUGUAACAUUUAUGUUUUAUAUUA